UGCCUUGAGUGUCGAGCGAAACACCUCAAGUGUGAUGAGCACCAACCAAAAUGCACUUUCUGUUCAGAAAGAAACCUGUUGUGCCGUUAUCCAUCUGAAUUGAAAUGGGUCCACUCUUCGAGGCCGAUUCUUGUUCGACAUCGAUCUCGGCGUCCCAGGGUAGACGAGAAUCGCAUGGGACUGUAUCGUCGGAUCCCCUCUUCGGCGUGUGCUGAACCGUUCCUGGGAAACGAGGAGAGGCGCGCAUGGGAACUCGUCUCGUCGAAUAUCCCGGCUAUCGACGGACCGAACAACCCUUAUCGUCAAUUAUCAUUCACGGCCUUGACAACCCCGAUCCUGCUUGAAACAGUCCUAUGCAUCGCUACUGAGCACAUGCUUAAUUUCAACAUGGGUGAUGUAUCAACCGCGGCACGACACCAGCAGCAACUCCUGAGAAGUAUUAGUCUGAGACUGGAAGCCAUCGAGGAGAAUCAAAACCAGGAUCUCAUCAGAGCCAGCAGAGCGACUGGAUAUCUUGAUCACGAGGCUCUACUCACCGCCAUCAUUCUCCAAGGUGCCAUCGUGGUCCAAACUGCAGAUGGCGUUCUAGAGCCUCAUAUUCGCUGCGCUGCGUUCCUGAUGGAGAAGCUUGAUUACUUCCAUCGUCUACCACAGUCAGAGCUCUUACGAACCGCAAUUCAGCGAUUUGCGAUGGUUGAUGUCAUGCUUGCGGUGUCUCGGCAGCGGAGGCCAUUCUCUCCUCGAGACUUUGUACUCCAUCUUCCUGAUACGGAGACGUGGGACUUGACUGAGCCAUCCUUUCACAAGAUGACGGGCUGUCCCCAGCCCUUGAUGUGUUUGUUUGUGAGAAUCAUUCACCUGGCUUGUGAUGUGAGUGAAUGCGUAGAGCAACGAGAGUCCACAGUCCUUAUUCUCAACCAAGCCUACGCCCUGGAAAACGACCUUCGCGCAUGGGGCUCAAAGUAUGGCGUAGGUCUUCAACCUACGCCUAGACAGCGCGAUCCAUUGGACAUACUAUCAGAAUGCUUCUACUGGACGGCACAUCUGCUACUUGCUCGACGCGUGUUUCACGACUCGACAUACUCGCCACGGGUACAACACACGGCGCGUACUUGUUUCGAGCUGAUGGAUCAGUUGGCCACGGGGAUUGGGCCGGAUUCGUCCCUUCCCCAACCCUUCUACCUGGCAGCCCGAGAGGCGAUCACGGCGGAAGACCGAGCUUGGAUUCGACAGAAGCAUGACUCGAUGACUGAUUACUAUCGCGAGCAGCAACGUCAUCUGGCGAUGGAGCUGACCCAGCGAAUAUGGGCAAUUGUUGAUGGCAAUUUUGGUAGCGGAUACAACUUGGAGUCAGAAGCGAUGAUUCAAAGCCUAGAUCGGCAGUCUGACUUGUUCAUCUUUUGA